UGUGCUCGUGCCGUCGUGCGGCAGUCGACCACCACAACACCAACCGCACCGGGCCAAGCUGCUGCGGUGCCCGUCCGACCGUCCUCUCCUCACCUCCCCUGCUCCCCCACACCGUGCCUGUCCCUUGCUGCUGCCAGAGAGCGCAAGACGGCCAUGGCCGCCGUGGCAGGCCCCAACGUCCUCCGGCUCCGCCCCAGGGCCGCCUCCGCGCCCGCGCCGGCCUUCUCCGCCUCUCCUUGCUGCCGCCUCAGCUAUUGCUCCUAUCGCAAGCUUGUAAGGUCAGUUGCAGUUCAGGGAGUAAAUGGAAGUAGGAUGCACUACUUAGGUACUAUGAAAGGAUUAAUUUUGAGAGGCUUCAGCAACCGUGACAGACGGCUUCAUAUUAAGCGAGUCAUUUCCUUCACUGCUACAGACAAACAGGAGCCAAUUGCUUCACCUACCUCGGAUACACCGUUGCUAGAAGAUGCUGAGAGUAGUACUGCAGAUUCUACUAAAUCUGACGGCUCCUAUUUUAGUGAGAGGGGUGUUGGUAAAUCAGGAUUCAUCUCAUUUCAUGGAGGCAGCUCUCAAACGAUAAGUGUGGAGAGCGUUCCACAUCCCGGAAAGGAAGCAUCUAGAUUAGUAUGGUUUGUUGGCCCAACUAUCCUUGUGGCAUUCUUGGUUCUUCCAUCACUUUACCUGCGCAAAGUACUGUCAGCCGUGUUUGAGGAUUCCCUAUUGACAGAUUUCCUUAUACUAUUCUUUACCGAGGCUCUGUUUUACGGAGGAGUCGGGAUUUUUGUCCUCUUGAUUGAUAAAGUCUGGAGGCCUUUGCAGCAAGUAGCACCUAAGAGCUACAUCUGGUCAAAAGCUAGAUUUUUCCGGAUAUCAUCAGUAACGACGAUGGUCCUCAGCCUGAUAAUACCGCUUCUUACAAUGGGCAUGGUUUGGCCCUGGACUGGACCAGCAGCGUCAGCUACUCUUGCACCUUAUUUGGUAGGUCUUGUUGUGCAAUUCGCGUUUGAGCAGUAUGCACGGCAUCGGAAAUCACCUUCUUGGCCAGUUAUCCCUAUUAUCUUUAAGGUCUACAGGCUUCACCAACUGAACAGGGCAGCUCAGCUGGUGACGGCACUCACAUUUUCUGUUAGAGGAACUGAGGCAACAAAUCAAACUUUGGCUAUCAUGAACUCCUUAGGAGCUCUACUGACUGUCCUUCAAAUUCUUGGCAUUAUCUGUGUUUGGUCACUCUCGAGCUUUCUGAUGCGGUUUCUUCCCUCUUCAGACAUUCCAGAUCCUUGACGUAACAGCGGUGACCGCACUUAAAAGUAGUGAACGCUAUGAAUAUGGCUUCCCCCUGGUAAAUUGAUUUACCUGGAGCUGACAUGUCUGCAGAUGUUUCCUUUGGUUUAGGAAUUAAAAGGCUUCAGCUGUGAACUGCAGAGAAAUUGUCCAAUUCGUAUGUCUGGAAUUCAAUAAACUGAAAAUAAGAGGGCUGAACUGUCGGCUCUGUAGGAUGUCCAUGCAUAGCAUGUUUUACAUGCUCUUGUUGUGGAUGGAGUACUGGGUUUCACAAGCACAACUAAUUUUGACUGAAGGUAUGUGUAGAUUUUAGUUUUAUUUGUGAGAAUACAAAGAAUAUUUUGUUCACAACCUAAUGGCAGUCCUGUAUGGCAUUAUCAUUCAGCCAACCUAUUGGAGUAUUUAUGCUAGAGCUGUGAGAGCAGCUGAAUCCAGAUGCUCGAGCCUGUCUAUAUAUUUCUUUUCCUGCUA